AUGCUCAGACGUCCCAAAGUGUCCCCGGAGCUUGAUCCGUCCACGUUAUCCAACUAUGGUGAUUUCAUCGUACACAAGACCCAGUUGGACUUGGCAGUUGACUUUGACAAAAACCGGGUUUCCAGUUGCGUUUCUUUAAAUGUGACUAACAGAACCAAUACCCAUCAAGUUGUGCUCGAUAGCUCGUAUCUCGUUAUUCAUUCGGCUUCCAUAAAUGGCAUAAGCACUCCGUUUGAUGUUGCUGAGCGUCAGACCCUCGGUUCCAAAGUCACCAUAAAAAUUCCGCCAGAAAUGAAAAUUUCAGAAUUGACCAUCACCAUAGAGUCAGAGACCACAUACGAGUGCACGGCACUCCAGUUUCUUCCCGCUGAAGCCACAGAUGGUGGUGUGGGUCCAUACUUGUUUUCGCAAUGUCAAGCCAUUCACGCACGAAGUUUGUUUCCAUGCUUCGACACUCCCGCAGUCAAAUGUCCCUACGAGAUGCUGGUAACGUCUCCGUACCCUUCUGUGAUGUCUGGAAGACCAUUGGGUGUUUCUGGAAAUAUGUACCGGUUUUCUCAGCCGGUUCCCAUUCCGUCGUAUCUCGUCGCCGUAGCUUCUGGAGACAUUAAAAGUGCCCCAAUUGGACCUAGAUCGCUGGUGUAUUGCGAGCCAUUGAAACUUGAGGUUUGCCAGCACGAGUUCCAGGCAGAUAUGGAACAUUUUUUGCAAGCGGCAGAGUCGCUCGUUUUCAAAUAUGAAUGGGAGCGUUACGAUGCUUUGGUGCUUCCGCUGAGUUUUCCCUACGGAGGAAUGGAGAAUCCCAAUAUCACGUUUGUGACUCCAACUUUGAUCUCUGGCGACCGGGAAAACGUCGAUGUCAUUGCUCACGAAUUGGCUCAUUCUUGGUCGGGAAACUUGGUGACAAACUGCUCGUGGGAACAUUUUUGGCUCAAUGAAGGUUGGACAGUUUACUUGGAAAGAAGAAUUCUCGGCAAACUUCACGGCAAUGCCACCAGAGAUUUCAGUGCCAUCAUAGGAUGGACCGACCUAGAAAACUCAAUUGCAGCAAUGGGACCUUCUGCAGAAAGAUGGUCGAUGCUUGUGCACAAUCUUAAGGAUGGGUCUGAUCCGGACGAUGCAUUUUCAACGGUUCCUUAUGAAAAAGGCUCGACUUUGCUCUACCAUAUCGAGACAUUAAUUGGCCAGGAAAAGUUCGAUAAGUUCAUUCCCCACUACUUCCACACAUUUAGGUACAAAUCGCUCGAUACGUACCAGUUUAUCGACUGUCUCUACAGCUUUUUUGCCGACUUCAAGUCGGUAUUGGAUACCAUUGACUGGGAAUCUUGGUUGUACAAACCAGGAAUGCCGCCGGUAAAACCUGAUUUCGACACCUCCAUGGUGGACCAGUGUUACCAGUUGGCAGACAAGUGGUACCAUCACUCCCUCAAAAACAAAUUCCAUAAAUUUUCAAGUGAAGAUAUUAAAUCUUUCACCGCCAACCAGUCGGUGGUUUUCUUGGAUACUCUUAUAGCUUUCGACAAACUCGACUUCAAAUGGAAACACCACCUCGAUGCAUUAAAUACCAUGGCCUCGGUUUACCAGGAAUACUCCAAAUCAACCAAUGCCGAAGUUUUGUUCCGAUGGUAUGUUCUUCAAGUCACCGGCCACAACCAAGAAUAUUACUCCCGGCUUGGAGAAUGGCUCGGAACCGUUGGUCGUAUGAAGUUUGUUCGCCCCGGAUACGUGCUUUUGAACAAGGUAGACCGCUCAAUGGCUCUUCAUUACUUUGAAAAAUUCCACAACCGCUACCAUGCCAUUUGCAAGAGUAUGGUGAGGAGAGAUUGGGACUUGAUAAAGACUAAAUAA